AUGUCAAUGCACGAGUAUAGCAAGCUGAGGGAGAACAACGAGGAAGGCUUCGAGGUCGACGAUGGGCCGGCGAGUCGAUGUACUGACCGCGUGCAUUCGUCGACAUUCCGCGGCCUGAAAGUGGCUGUCGCUACGCUGACUUGUCUGUUGGCUCUGUCGCUCAUCGCCAUCACGGUUCUCGUCAGCCGCCUGCCAUCGUCAACUGAUUGUCAAGGGACGACACUGAGUGCGUCGCUCUCAUCCCAGUAUCGAUCAACGACGCUUGGCAGAGACAGCCGGUACAUGACCCGAAACCACGCUGCAGACGCUCUGUGGGAAGUAAUGCUCGAAGAUCACCUUGGCGAGUAUUCCACCCCAGACGGUCCCUUCGAUCGAGGAGAGUUCAGCAUCUACGCUGCAUCGCCAGGUUCCGUCUGGCUAUACAGCAAGCGAGCGAAGGAAAGGACGUCGGCAUGGACUUCCGUCACGAUCACUGGCCACACUGUCUAG